AGCGUUGCCGUUAUCUUCUGCAGCACCAAUUUUUUAUAACGGUUGUACCAUUUAUUUUAUAGCUGGUUGGUUCUCGCAAAGCAGCUUUUAUUGCUUGCCAUGGCUCUGUGUGAGGGAAUCGGAGCCAUGGCUUUGCCCAGCGAGCUUAUCGUUCAUAUAUUCUCCUUUCUGUCCGACCGAGACAAGCUCCGGGCCUCGUCCGUGUGCUCACGCUGGAGGGAGUGUCUCUUCUACCCCGCGCUGUGGACUGAGCUCAAGCUGCGGGUAGGUGGUGGAUGUAACGGUGGCGGAUCCACCUCAGAGGAGACCCCGAAGCUGGAGUUCCUCAUGCGUAAGUUUGGUUCAUUCGUGCGGGAGCUGCAACUGGAGCUUGCCCCGGUGGAGGGUUACCUUAGUCCCCUGAGCAACGACCCGUCCCCCCCCAGGAUGGACCAGCCAGACAGCGACCCGCAGCUCUCCGAGCGAUGGAGGGACGCCAUGGCCACCUACUUGGACCAGGUGUUAUGUGUGUUCUCCAGUACCCGUAACAACAGAAACCUGCGGAAGCUGAGUCUUUAUGGAGACACCUGCGUUCUCCAGCAAGAGGGACUAUUGGACAGCUCCAACCUGCACCAAAUUCACCAGGGGGAUAAAAAGAUCAAUGAGUAA